CGGAUAGGCGUAAAAAUGGGUCUUUCGGCGGCAGGAAGCGUCGUAGCGAUUUGCCUGUGUUUCGGAGUGACAUAUGGAAGUGAAGUUGCUCGUUAUGAUAACUACAGGGUUUACGAAGUCAUUCCAACAUCCAACAGUCAGUUGAAGUUGCUGAACGAUCUGAAACAAUCAAGUGAUAGUUUGAUUUUCUUGGAAAGUGGUACCAAUGUCGGAGCCAAGUUCAACAUCGUUGUGGCACCCCACAAGUUAGCUGACUUCACGGAAGCACUCCACAAUGAAGGUAUCCGCGCUAGAUUGCUGGAAACGAAUAUGCAAAAGUCAAUUGACGAAGAAAAACAACAAAUGGUGUCUAAACGUGCAAGAGGUGCUUUCGAUUUCAACAACUAUUAUGAGUUGGAGGAUAUCCAUGCCUGGUUAGACAAACUGGCAAACCAAUAUGAUCAAGUGGAACUCCUUGAGGGUGGAUAUUCUUACGAGAACCGAUCAAUUAAGGGUGUGAAAGUGUCUUACAAAUCAGGAAAUCCUGGCGUGUUCAUAGAAGGAGGUAUUCAUGCUCGUGAAUGGAUCUCUCCGGCAACUGUAGCUUACAUUCUCAACGAAUUACUCACAAGUACCGAUCCUAAAGUGCGAAACAUCGCAGAAAACUUCGACUGGUAUAUGUUCCCUAGUGUUAAUCCAGAUGGAUACGUCUACACUCAUAAGAAGGAUCGACUCUGGAGAAAAACCCGCACACCCUACUCUGGAGGAUGCUUUGGAGCUGACCCGAAUCGUAACUGGGACUUCCAUUGGGCGGAGCAAGGAACUAGCAGUAGAUGCCAGUCCGAAACUUAUGGUGGUCCGUACGCUUUUUCGGAAGUUGAAACGAAAACCUUGUCCGAGUUCGUCGCCUCACUCAAAGGCAAAAUCCAAGCGUACAUCUCGUUCCAUUCAUACUCCCAGCUACUUCUGUUCCCAUACGGACACACCCAUGAGCACACUCCAAAUCACAACGACCUGGACGAGAUCGCAAAGGCAACGGUGACAUCCUUAGCGAAACGAUACGGUACCAAGUACAAGUACGGAAACAUCUACGAUGCCAUCUACCCGGCCAGUGGUGCCAGUGUCGAUUGGGCCUACGGAACGUUAGAUGUGAAAAUCGCCUACACCUACGAACUGCGACCUGGUUCGGGCUCAUGGAACGGAUUUGUGCUACCACCUAAGCAGAUUGUCCCGACUGGAGAGGAGACUCUUGACUCGCUGGUGACGUUGCUGGAGGAAUCGCAGAAAAGGGGUUAUUAUGAGAACUGCAAAGAUUGUUGACGCGAACUGAUAGUGAUGUGAUAUGAAUGAAUAAAUAAAGAGCUACUUGAGUGAUA